GGGUGGGCACCGGGAUGAGUCUCCGUGCGCUGUGGCAGCAUUGAGGAAGCGGCCGGAGGCCGAGGGAAGCGCGGACCGCCCGCGCCAGGCCGGGCCAUGGCGUUCCUGGCCGGGCCGCGCCUGCUGGACUGGGCCAGCACGCCACCGCACCUGCAGUUCAACAAGUUCGUGCUGACGGGCUACCGGCCGGCCAGCAGCGGCUCGGGCUGUCUGCGCAGUCUCUUCUACCUGCACAACGAGCUGGGCAAUAUCUACACGCACGGGCUAGCCUUGCUAGGCUUCCUGGUGCUGCUGCCGAUGACCAUGCCGUGGGGUCAGCUGGGCAAGGAUGGCUGGCUGGGGGGUACGCACUGUGUGGCCUGCCUGGCGCCCCCCGCAGGCUCCGUGCUCUAUCACCUCUUCAUGUGCCACCAAGGGGGCAGCACUGUGUAUACCCGACUCCUUACCCUGGAUAUGUGUGGGGUCUGCCUGGUCAACACCCUCGGGGCUCUGCCCAUCAUCCACUGCACCCUGGCCUGUAGGCCCUGGCUGCGUCCAGCUGCCCUGGUGGGCUACACCGUGCUGUCAGGUGUGGCUGGCUGGCGGGCCCUCACAGCUCCCUCCACCAGUGCCCGGCUCCGAGCCUUCGGUUGGCAGGCUGCCGCCCGCCUCCUGGUGUUUGGGGCCCGGGGAGUGGGGCUGGGCUCCGGGGCUCCAGGCUCCCUGCCCUGCUACCUGCGCAUGGAUGCGCUGGCACUGCUUGGGGGACUGGUGAACGUGGCCCGCCUGCCAGAGCGCUGGGGACCUGGCCGUUUCGACUACUGGGGCAACUCCCACCAGAUCAUGCACCUGCUCAGCGUGGGCUCCAUCCUCCAGCUGCACGCCGGUGUUGUGCCAGACCUGCUCUGGGCCGCCCACCACGCCUGCCCCCCACACUGAGCCACCUCUGGCCCGCCAUGCUGGCCUCUCGACAGUCUUCUAGGACCAACAAUACCGUGCUUCACUCCUCCUGCUGGUCUUCGAGGGCCGAAUGCCUGGAUGCUUCCAGCAAACAGGACACCCCAGCUGGGAGACCUCAUCUGUUCGUCCAUUCUUCCCUGUGGACUCAUCUCUUCUACUCACAACUCGGAGCUCUGGCUUCCCCUCCCUGCAGCCUUCUUUCAGGGUACUGUCCGUGUAGGCUAGAAGGAAACCUUUCCUUCCUAGGCCUCAGUUUAUCCUCUGUGACCUAUGAGGGUAUGGCCAGAGCAACACUGGGGUCAUGUCUGGCUCUGACAGUUGGAAUCCUACAAGCCCAGAGCCAUGAGCCCACCCUACCCCACACAUAAGGUACCUCAUGGGUGCCUUGCCCAGCCUUCAGCCCGUAUUUCCUGACCUCUGUCUUUCUGCUCUGCAUGCCAGCCCUCCCUGCAGCCUGAGGCUCACCCACCCCUUCUCCCUUCUGUCCGGACACUGUGGAGUGAGGGGUUUGGGCAACAGGACUAGUCUCUUAUCCCAGGACCAUGGGGUAGGAGGGCAGCUGCAGCUACUUUCUCCAGGCAGCUAGCACAGAGACAUAAAGAGCUGAGUGGCCCUGCACUCAGGGCCCCACUGGGCUGAGGGACCCCCUCCACUUUGAGUGCCAUGCUCUGAUGUCUCGACCUACACAGUGGGGACGAGCCUGCUCAGGAAAUCUCUGCUCCACACAGCGCAUGGCUCCUACCUCCAGUCAGCUGGCCUGGGGCCCUGCAUCAGGGCCCAGCCUCCGCCCACCCUGGGGCCUCAGACCUGGGGCAGUAUCAAUAAAAGGGGCAGGAAGCGCUGUGUUGCCACACAAGCAAGCUUGGGUGCUCCCAAGAUUCAAAUACCUUUUAUUAGACAUGGGUAGGCAGGAGGCACCUCUGGAGUUCCCAGAGGGACCCCAGCCUCCAGGAGGAUUGGGGGGGGUGGCUAAAAGGUUAAAAGCACCAAGGCUGGCCUGUAGAUUCAGGUUGGGCCCAGUGAGUCCUCAAACAGGCUGAGGAGGUUCCGAGGUUCAAAGGAGGGGAAGGAACCCCGAGGGGGCUCAGAGUCAAUGUCACUUAGGUCCAGGGCAUCCCUGGGGUGGAGGGGAAGAGAGACAAAUGACACUUAGGAUCUGAAAAGCCACUACCUCCCACCCCACUGGACUCUGGGACUGCUCACCUCAGUGAGUACCUGUUCCGGGGGGCAGGGGAGCCAUUGCGGGGGGUGGAGGUAUUCCCGACAGCCCUGGCCAGGACAGCCUCCGGAGAGAGUGAGAGCCUGCACAGGGUGGGCCAGACAAGUAAGGUGUCGAGGGGUGGGGUGUGCACUGGGAGGAGGCCACGGCUGGGUGGGGGCAGCAAGAUCAACCCUGUCCCUGUGCAGGUGCCAGGCUCCAGCCUGGCAUGGGCGGGGGCGGGGAGGGCACAAUGCGGACCAGCAGAAAUGCUGUGCCCUUUGAGAGAAGCACUUUCACAACUUUGAAAGGCCAUCUGACCACGCUCAAAGGCUACCUCCAUUCUGUCUCAGAACACAUGGGUUAGGAGGACUGACUUUGUAGUGAACUUGUGAAAAUGAAGCUUUUCUGGUA